CUUAAUCUUCUUCCUUUUUUCCUCCUCUCUCCUCUUUUCUUUCUCUCCACUCCCUUUCCCUUUAAACAAAUACUCAUUCAAAUACAGUCGCACACUCUUUUCAUUCAUUUUUCUUCCAUCUCGACUCGUUUGUUUGCUUCAUCAAGAUCAUUACUGCAUCACAACAACUAAGCCAGUGAUUGCAAUUGCGCGUUAAAAGCACCACCCAUUACGUCUUUGCAAGUUACUUAAAAUAAACAAUUUCAACCAUGACAUCACUCCUUGAGUCUCUACUCAAUUGGCUGCGCGGUCUCUUCUUUAAGACUGAGAUGGAGCUGACCCUAGUUGGAUUGCAAAACAGUGGAAAGACUACAUUAGUUAAUGUUAUUGCUUCUGGCCAAUUCUCCGAAGACAUGAUUCCCACAGUGGGCUUCAAUAUGCGUAAGGUCACCAAAGGAAAUGUCACUAUGAAGCUAUGGGAUAUUGGUGGACAACCAAGAUUCCGGAGCAUGUGGGAAAGAUAUUGCCGUGGUGUUAACGCUAUUGUGUUUGUAAUUGAUUCUGCGGAUCACGACAAACUGGAUGCAGCGAGGACGGAACUCAGGAAUCUGCUGGACAAACCACAGCUGGCUAGCAUCCCUGUCCUUGUUCUUGGGAACAAGAACGAUUUGCCGGGAGCACUAUCGGUGGAUCAGAUCGUUGAAGUCAUGAACCUGAAGCAUAUCGCAAAUCGUGAAGUUUCCUGUUAUUCAAUCUCGGCUAAAAAUCAAAUCAACAUUGAUAUCACGCUUCAGUGGUUGACUAAGAAGGGCAAGGGCAAGUAAACAGGCUUCCAAAAAGACAUUAACGGCUUAUAAACAUUGUUUUUGGCUUAAUAGUUGGUGAGGUGGAAUGUCGAGCGAGAUACAUGUAGAGCGUAAAAACAUAAACUAUAUCGAUACUAUCAAUAAAAUGAAUAAGAC